AUGAUAAUAUAUGCCCAAAUUGUGAGGACCAACGAUGGUUUGCCCUUAUCAGCUAACACCGAUUUUAACGAUGUACUUAAUCAAAGUAUUAAAGACAGCAAGAAAUAUGUAAAAAUGCUGGCCUACAAGUCGCCGCAGUUACCAGAAAAAUGUUCCCUGUAUUUAGGAAACGUUUCAAUAUACCUUACAUCUUGUCUGGGAAUUUCCUAUGUUGUUAUGACUGAACCACAUUACCCUCCAGCUUUAGCAUAUAGUUUUUUGAAGGAAUUAAUGAUUGAGUUUGCUCAAAGAUACAAUCAAUCAAGGGUUGAAAUAGCUAGGCGACCUUAUGAAUUUAUCGAGUUCGACAAUGUUAUACAUAAAACAAGGCUUGCUUUUAAUAAGCCACAAAAUUUGAUGUCUCGGCUGAAUUUAGCUGAUGUAGAAACAGAAUUGAGACUUCGACCACCCCGCCAGUUGUCGCUGGCAGAUAUCGAACCUGUUCGAAAUGGCUAUAGGCCGAAACCAGCCCUUCACUUAGGAGUUGGCCCUCCUCCGAAACUUCAGCCUAUUUCACCGUUUGCCUGGGUCGCCAUGCUCCUUUCUUUUCUACUGAUCUUAUUAGGAUUUUAUAGAGGCAUUUCGGCUCUUCAGGUUUCAACAUUAGAGGAAUUUGACGGACCAAGCCCUAUUCAUGGAUUAGUUUAUCUUUUAGAAAGUUUUUUCAGAAUAUACCAGCUCUAUCUGUUGACAUACAAUUCUAAAUAUAGAACUGUAGAAAGCUGGGCGAGUGCGGUGGUGCUUUUGUUAUGUAUUUUUUUUCUCUGGGAAUUACGUGAUCCUUCUCAGCAUGCCGUCUUCGUCGUAUCUACUCUUCUAACCCUGGCCGCCACUCACUUUCGAGAACUUCAACCAAUAUUACCGGAUUACCAUGUAUAA